AUGGCGUUCGCCAGUGAGGGACGCGCCGCCUCCUGCAUACCGCGCCGGGAGCUUUCAGGGAGGCCACCGCGGGACGGUUAUGGGAUCUACGUUUAUCCGAAUUCUUUCUUUCGAUAUGAAGGAGAAUGGAGAGGAGGCAAGAAACACGGUCGGGGGAAGCUGCUGUUUAAAGAUGGGAGUUACUACGAAGGUGACUUUGUGGAUGGAGAGAUCACAGGAGAGGGCUGUCAGCACUGGACACUGACAGGGAACACCUACACUGGACAGUUUGUUCUCGGAGAGCCCCAGGGACACGGCAUCAUGAAGUACCAAGCCGGCGGACAUUACGAAGGGGAGCUCUUCCGCGGCCUGAGAGAAGGACACGGGUGUCUGGUGGAUGCAGAUGGACAAGUGUACUGGGGGUCGUUUCACAACAACAAGCGGCACGGCCAAGGGCGGAUGGUCUUCCGGAAUGGAGACGAGUACGAGGGCAACUGGGUCCAAGACCAGCGCCAGGGCCAUGGGAUGCUACGGCUCGCGGAUGGCUCCACCUAUGAGGGACAGUGGCACAGUGGCGUGUUCAGUGGACAGGGCAGCAUGGCCCACUGCUCUGGGGUCAUCUACCGAGGGAUAUGGAUCAACGGUCACCCCAUGGCACAAGCCACAAGGAUCGCAAUUUUGGGUCCAGAGGUGAUGGACAUAGUCCAAGGGUCUUCCCUCACGUUGACCAUUCAGCUGCAGCAGGACAGCGGGGAAGUGGCCACAAGUGAGGAUGGCCGGGAGUUGGAGAUCUCUGCGGGCGUCCGGUACGUGCAGCUCCCAGCCUACUCGGAGGUCAGCUUUUUCAGAGUCGACGACGGCCUCAGGCAGACGCCCAUCCAGACCCCUUUUGGAUUCCAGUGCAUCUCCUACCCUCUGUCCAGCCCCGAGUCCGAGGGCCCAGAGCCCAGAGCUGCCCUGGAAAGUGCCAGUGCCCACUCACCGCUCCCUGAGGGGGACCCCAGUGGCCUGCCUGCCAGGAAACACGAGCCCAGCUGUCCCGGGAGCCGUCGGCGAGCAGAGCGAGGCUGCGUCCAGUUCUCUGACGUCCGCCUUGGGCCCCCACCACCAGGGUACCACGCCAUCCUGUUUCUGGAGGGCCUCCGCGAGGUGGGCAGCAGGCCCAGAGGCCAGGACCACAGGGGGACAACGCCCAUAGUGCAAGGCCUGCCAGGAGGAAGCAGGCUUGAUGGGGCGGCCAAGGCGGAGCCGGCAGCAGAGGCCUUCCCAGGCGAGUAUGUCAUCAUGAUUCGCGAUGUGACCACCCCUCCAUUCCUGGGCCACACGCUGUCCAUGGCCUUCAAACACCUUCGGGUCUUGGCGAGGGGGGCAGGCCAACAGCCCCAUGUCCCCAGUGAAGACCCGGAAGCCCUGAGCUGGAGGGGUGCCCAAGACUCCCGCCACUGGUUGAGCCUUUAA